AUGGCGAGCUUCGCUUCACAAAUAUCUUUUCUUUUGUUGUUUCUGUUAUUUGCAACAACAUUCAACAGGGUGAUCAGUUGCGAUGAAAAUGAUGAAAGGCUGCUUUUAAUCUUCAAACAAGGAGUGGUUGGUCCAAACAACAAACUCCCUUCUUGGACUGCCGAAGAAGAUUGCUGUUUAUGGGAGGGAGUUCACUGCGACAACAUCACCGGAAGAGUCACAGAGCUUUCUCUUUCUUCUUAUGGUUUAGAAGGUGAGAUUAAUCUGUGUGUGCUUCAACUUGAAUUCCUCAACCACUUGGACUUGAGUUGGAAUGACUUCAAAAAUGUGAGUAUGCCACCAUGCCAAAUCUCCAAACCUCCCUUUGAUGCUCACAAAUUUCACAACCAAUCACUUGUUACUCCUUCCAAUCACUCAGCAAGCUUCUCUGUUGCUCUGCUUUAUCUUGACUUUUCAUACAAUGAUGAUUUAGUCAUAAAUGACCUUCACUGGCUUUCCCAACUUUCUUCUUUAAAAUAUCUUAACCUUAGUUGCAGUGAUAUUGGAAAUGAUACCAAAUGGCUCCAGCAUAUAGCCAUGCUUCCUUCACUCUCUGAGUUACACUUGAGUCGAUGUGGAUUAAGAGAUUUUCCUUCCCUCGAUUAUGCCAAUUUUACCUCACUUGAAGUUCUUGAUCUUGCUAUGAACUAUCACAUGAUGAAGUCAAAAUUACCUGAUUCAUUCUUUAAUAUCACCAAUCACAUCUAUGAUCUCAAACUUAGUGAGUGCAAUUUCUAUGGACAAUUGCCGAAGUCUUUGCUCAAUCUUCAAAAUCUCAAAUAUUUAUAUUUAGGGGAUAAUAAUCUCGAAGGAUUAAUUCCAGAUUGGUUAGGCCAAUUUGAACAGUUACAAUACUUGGACAUCCAUCACAAUUUGUUCCAUGGCAUAAUUCCAUCAUCUCUUGGAAAUAUUUCUUCCUUGCUCUACUUAGACUUGUCCUACAAUCAAUUGAACGGCAAUAUUCCAGUAACCUUGGGACAACUCCAUAAUUUAACUGUUUUAGACAUUGGGCACAAUUUCUUGGCUGGUGUUCUUACAGAAAAUUUUUUUGCCGGUCUCUCAAGUUUAAAAUCAAUGGACUUAAGUUCAAAUAGUUUCACAUUUGACUUUGAUCCUAAAUGGGUACCAUCAUUUCAACUUGAGAGAUUGUAUAUGGCUAACAUAAGCAUAGGUCCUAAUGUUCCACCAUGGCUAUAUACACAACAGUCUUUAUGGAGACUAGAUAUUUCUACAUCAGGGAUUUCAACAAUUGAUAAGGAUAUAUUUUGGAACUUUGUAGCAGGAAUAGAAUAUGUUGAUAUCUCAAAUAACUUAAUUGGUGAUGACAUAUCCGGUGUCACACUAUCAGCAAAUGUCUCUUAUUUUUAUGCAUCACAUAACUCCUUAUCGGGAUCUAUUUUCUCAUUGUUGUGCCAAUUAGAGGGUAACGGAGAAAGCAACUUGGUUGAAUUGGACUUGUCAAAUAAUCAUUUGAGUGGAGCACUUCCCGAUUGUUGGACCAAUCGGAAAUCAUUGGAAUUCCUUAGUUUGGGGAGUAACAAGCUAACAGGUAAAGUUCCUCCCUCAUUUGCUUCAUUGGGACUUCAAUGGUUGGAUUUGAGUGAUAAUAGUUUCUCUGCUGAAUUUUCAUCAGGCAUGCUUGAUUGGACAAAUUUAAGAUACCUCAUUUUAGAGAAAAAUAAUUUUUCUGGAAGUUUGCCAAAUCCGUAUAUGGCACGAUCUUUGGAAGUUCUUAAAUUAAGGACCAACCAAUUUAUGGGUAAUAUUCCACCAGGAAUAUGCAUGCUCUCUUCUUUGCGGAUACUAGAGCUUGCUAAUAAUAAGCUUUUUGGAUCUAUACCUUCUUGCUUAUGCAACAUCACAAAUCCAAAUAACAUCAGCUCACAUUUCGAUCUUCGUGAAAUGAUGCGCAUAUUUACUAAGGGAAGGGAAAUUAUUCAGUAUUACUCUACUGUGGUCCUUAAACUUGUCUCGAAACCAUUUGACUGGAAAGAUGUCUAA